AUGACAGGCACCAAAAGAGUGUCCAUGGCAUUUACUGUGAACGAUGGAAAGAAGAGUGAAAGAGCGAUGGGAAUUGAUUUGCCACAUAAGAACAACGAAAGCAGCUUUUUUAUCAUCGACUCAUCGUUCAAAAUGACAAAAAUGGAAAAUAAUAGAAAAAGAUUUAAUGUCUCUUUCGGGUCGUGUCUGAUGGGCUUGUGGACGUUGAUGGGAAAUCCAUUUUGUCAUAAAAGUAUGCUAUCGCAGAUCCAGCAAAAGGGAAAAGCCAUUAAAUUGAGCUUUACGAGUAGAGGCUUUUGUUUUUAUCCGUGGGAUAAAUGCAAACAACCAACACAUGCAAUUGUAAAAGUUCAAAUUUUAAACUUGAUUAUAAAAUUUCUCCAUCAUGCAAUGUCGGUUUGGUUGAUCAGUUCACAUUGUAAUUAA